AUGGGCAGCGGAGCGUCGGUCAGGGACGGAUUGCCGAGGCCUGAGGGACCAGGCAGCGAGGCUGAACCUGGACCUGCACGUGGACCUGCACCUGGACCUGCACGUGGACCUGCAAAAGAGAAAAUUGUCUGUGGUGUUUUUCAGGCGCAGGAGGAGGAGGAGGAGGAGGAGGAAACACCUGCCUGUCACACCAUCGAGGUUCAGAGCGAGGAGAGCGACACACAAGCAGAGGAGGAGGAGGAAGAAAGAGUCCCACAAACUGUCGUGAACGCAGCCACGACUGAAACCGCAGCUGAGGGUGAAGCUGAAGUGUGUCUGGACUUUGAGACUUUCCUCCACAGUGACGGGACACUCUACAGCUGCUUCAAUCACCAUGGUGACAGAGUGUACGUCGACGAGUCGCAGAAGCUGCAGCCUUUUCCACAGGAGUGGUACAACCAGGGGCGCUUCGUCGCCGCCAACAAUGAGGUCUCCGGUCACCUGCAGACUCAGGCUAGCAGCAGCGAGCCAGCGGUCAGAGAGGACGACCGCACCGGCAGCAUCUACAUCCAGGGCAAAGGAACCGUCAUGACCUACAUGUUCGAGGAGAGGCUGAACGUCUGCAGGUUCUGGGAUCCUCACUCCGGCGUCUGGCUGCUGCUGCCGCUGCAGUGGGAGAUGAACGUCAACUUUGUCAAAUCUCGCAUUCAGAGAGUCAUGUCUGCCCUGCCUGGCCUAGUGGACCAGAAGGAGAUCACGGCGGCGCUGCGUCAGUGCAACUACGACCCCGAGGAGGUCAUCUCUGUCUAUCUCACCAUGUUUGGAGAAAUCCUCCUGCAGACCUCGCCCAGCGGAGACCACAACUACACCGACCUCAACUCCUUCAGAGCCCUCUUAGAGCAAGACAGAGUGAUUGAAGAUCUGAAGCAGAAUCUCCAGUCAAAAGAGAAGGAGGUGGACAACCUUUUCCAGAGAAACAAUUACUUGGCCAGGGAAGUCUGCUACCUAAAUGACGUGGUCCAGCACCUGAACCAGAAGCUAGCUGAGCUGGAGGCCGACAAGCAGGAGGCCAGAGAGAAGAUCAGGUCUCUCCUGAACCACCGGGCUCCAGCUGUCCCACCUGCCAGAACCGCCACCAAACCUGCCGUGGAUGCCAACCAACUUGGUCAGGUGAGGGGUCUGACCCGUGAGCUCAACGUCUCCAACAAGCAGCUCCGAUCGACGGUUGACCAGGCGAUGACCGACAUGAAGAACCAGCUGGAGCAGAUGAAAGGUGUCGCAGGAAAGUUGACCGAGGUGAAGAAGGUGGCGGCCGGGGAGGUAGAAGAACUGCGCUCCCUCUACAGGCGGGAGGCGGUGGAGAGGAAGAGCCUUUACAACAAGCUGCUGGAGCUGCAGGGAAACAUCCGGGUGUUCUGUCGCUGCAGGAAGAGCUCCGCCUCCAGCUUCUGCCUGGAGACAACAGACGACCAAGAGGUGGUGCUCGUCCAGAAGGGAAGCAAGAAAAGGUUUCAGUUUGACAAGGUGUUUCCUCAGAGCAGCACACAGGAGGAAGUGUUUGCAGAAACUCUGCCACUGAUAACAUCCUGCGUAGACGGAUAUAACGUCUGUAUACUGGCCUACGGACAAACCGCCUCAGGGAAGACCUACACCAUGAUGGGGGCAAAGCAAAACCCCGGAGUCAACAUCAGGUCCAUUCGAGAGCUGCUUCGCAUCUGUGCAGACAAAGAGAAGGUGUCCUACACUCUGAAGAUUUCGAUGUUGGAGAUUUACAACGACAGUUUGAACGACCUUCUGACCAAA